AUGCGACUGACACUGUCCGAUGGUCGCCAACUAGUCGGCACAAUGAAAGGGUUUGAUCGACAUAUGAACGUGGUCUUGGGGGACUGUGACGAAUUCAGAAUCAUCAAGAACAGGGAAACCAAAGAGGAAAGAGAAGAAAAGCGUUCUCUUGGCUUUGUCCUUCUCCGAGGGGAGCAUUUGAUGUUGAUGACCGUGGAAGGACGUCCACCCCCCGAGGAGACAGCCAUAAGACUCCCUCAGGCCACCGUCCCCGUCAACCCAGGAAUUGCUAAAAUGGCUGGGAGAGGUGUCCCUAUGACAAACCCGGCUUUACAAACUGCCCCGAGAGGAGUGGGUCUGCCUGCCCCUUCCAUGAUGCACCCCUCGGCCAUGAGACCCCCCAUGAUGCCUCCUCCCUUCCAACAGUCUCUGGCCACUCGCCUACCCUUGAAUGGACAGUCCGUCCCCCGACAGAUGCCCCCACGCAUGCCUCCUGGUCCUCCCGGAAUGUAG